GCGUUGCCGGAACACGAGGGUAGGCAAAGUUGAGCUACCAGCCGACGAUCGCACUUCUUGACGGCUUUGGUAAUAUCGACAGCAAAUAUGUUCCUUCUAAUCCAAUCUUACGAAGACAAGUCAGUUGUGUCAGCACCCUCCGCACGCGAGACGUCGCCUCAACUGCAAUGUUGCUGCUGUUUACAUCGGAAACAGGAAAUAAACAGAUAUCCCAACUAUUUGAACAACCAAGCUGAAGUCGAGCGUUCUCCAUAAACAUGCCCGAAAGCCCGCAUAGGACAUCACAAAAGCCCCCUCCGAUUCCCUCAAAAAACAUUGAGAGAUACUCUAAAGGAACGGUAAACUCACAAUCAACACCGCGAUAUUCGUACAUUCUCCCACCGUCCAUUGUUGUUCGAGACUCCCUUGAAAUUCGAGGAAAGACGAACGAUCCACUCUAUGUGGUCGCUUCAAGUAAACCCAACCCAGAGAUUUACGACGAUGAGAACCCUCGCUCGAAUAUGGACGACCAACCUGCUGCACCGCGAAACGCUGCCCAACGUAUAUCCAGAUACAGCGCGCGCAGCUAUAUCUCGAAUUUGAGUUACCUUAAUAAGAAAAACUUGGCGCGAUUUGGUAGAAGUAAGACCACGUUCCUUAUAAGCAAUUCUGUGCUCAUGUUUAUUAGCCUUGCAAUUGCGUUAUUUGGAUUGUUCACCUUUAUAAACCACUAUCCGAUGGCACCCCUUGUUCGUCUAGUGUGCGCCGAUCUACUCUUUCUUAUUACGCUGACAACGGCUCUAUUUGCUUCGAUCGGUUUCGUCGGGUUCUUAGGUGCAUUUCUGCAUCGCAAAAAGUUGCUCACAAUUUACAGUAUUCUGCUAUGGCCGGUUCUGGGGGCUGCCAUAGUUGCUGGAUAUAUUGCGUACAAGGAUGUGAAUGGAAAUGAAUGGUCAGAGAAUUUGAGUGAGAGAUGGGUAGUCUAUGGCGAGCGAAGGGCGGAUAUACAAAACAAGUACGCUUGUUGUGGAUUUUAUAGUGCCCUCGAUCGUCCACUUCUUGUCGAUCAUUGCGUCCUCAGCUCUGCUCCGUCAGCUUCGACCGCUAACGCCCCUAAUCCUCAUCGACGUAAUCACCUAUUCAAGCGGCAAGAGACUCCUGCCGACGCAACACCCUUACGGAAGCAGGUCGCUCGGGAUCCCGCAGACAUGCAGGGCUGCUACGAACCUUGGAAUGAAUUUGCCAGAUGGAUCUUGAGAAUGAUUUAUAUUUGCGCCUUUUCCUCUAUCCCCUUAGUCCUCUUUGUGUUUAUUAUUGGUUUACUGGCGGUAAAUCAUAUUUACGACUGAUACGCAAUAUGCAUUUUGCGAUGAGCUGAUGCCAAGUAUGUGUUAAUGAAAAUAAAGGAUGUGACUGUAAAGUAAAUAAAAAUACAUAUUGUACAUUAAAUGAA